CCUGAACCGACGCCCAAAACUCUCCGGCUCCGUGCUCUCUGGCCGAGAUCUGUCCUCCGACCUACCGCCCGCGAGGCAAUCGACGUCACGCACCCACCGCUUCCAGGCUGCCUCGUUCAACCCACCCCGAAUCUGCGACACGACUACCACGUGCCUGCCCAAGAUGAGCGGCCUCGCGACCAAGCAGCAGUCGCUCAAGAUCUUUGAGAAGCUCAAGUCCAAGCCUGCCAACAAGAUAUGCUUUGACUGCGGCCAGAAGAACCCGACGUGGACGUCGGUGCCGUUCGGCAUCUACCUCUGCCUCGAUUGCUCCGCCAACCACCGCAACCUAGGCGUGCACAUCUCGUUUGUGCGCUCUACCAACCUCGAUCAGUGGCAAUGGGAUCAGCUGCGACUCAUGAAGGUUGGUGGCAACGAGGCUGCCACCAAGUUCUUCCAGCAAAACGGGGGCACUGCGGCGCUUAACAGCAAGGACCCCAAGACCAAGUAUCAAUCCAAUGCGGCGACCAAGUACAAGGACGAGCUGAAGCGCCGCGCCGCCAGGGACGCCAAGGAAUUCCUGGGCGAGGUUGUUAUUGCGGAUGCGGCUGAAGGCGAUGGAUCUUCGACGCCGGCUGGCGAGCCUGAUGAUGACUUCUUCUCCUCGUGGGACAAGCCUGCCAUUAAGCGCCCCACUCCUCCGCUGUCGCGCACAGCAACUCCUCCCGUUGUCGGCCGAACGCCCUCGCCCUUCCUCAAUGCUGGCAAUGGUAACGCCAAGGACGCGGGCCGGUCACCAUCUCCCCUCGCCAAGGCGGACUCCACGGGAGAGAACAAGCCCACGGCGAGCCGCAUCACGACAUCGGCAGCGCUGCGCAAGACCGCCACCGCGGGCGGGCCGCGGAAAGCCAACGUCCUCGGUGCGAAGAAGACGACGAAGCUAGGGGCCAAGAAGGUCACGGGCGAUGUGAUUGACUUCGAUGAGGCGGAGAAGAAGGCAAAGGAGGAGGCCGAGCGUAUCGCAAAGCUGGGCUAUGACCCGGACGCUGAAGAGGAGCAGACCAAGGAGUCGUCGGGGCCUGCCGCAACUAUUCUGUCGCCCACUCCAGUUAGCCCCUCAGCCUCGGCCAGCUCACAUACCCGGCAAAAGUCUAACGCGGAGGUCGAGAGACUGGGCAUGGGCAUGGGUCGUCUUGGUUUCGGUCAGAUUGGAGGCAGCAAACCCGCUCAGUCUCAGGCUGCCAAGAAAAACGCCGGCGGCUUCGGCUCGGUUGGUCCUGUCAAGGCUGCUGCUGAAGAUGAUUCCAACAACUACGCUCGUUCCAAGUUUGGUACACAAAAGGGCAUCUCCUCGGACGAGUACUUCGGCAAGGGAGCCUUCGACCCCAACGCCCAAGCGGAGGCCAAGACGCGUCUACAGGGCUUCGAGGGAGCCACAUCCAUCUCGUCCAACGCCUACUUUGGGCGCCCUGAGGAGGAGGUUGAGGAGGACUACGGCGACCUCGAGUCUGCGGCCAAGGACUUCGUGCGCAAGUUUGGCAUCACGGCGAGCGAUGACCUCGAGAACUUGAGCAAUGUUCUCGGCGAGGGUGCCACCAGGCUGCAGGGCGCGAUCCGUGCUUACCUCGGCAGCUGAGUGCUGAGUAACUCACUAGCUCGAUGGCGCGCCACACACCGCCUCGGACCCGAGGCAAGCUUUCACGAGCUCUGCUUGAUUUCGUAUCUGUUUGUAUGAAGCGUCCUGAUGGGAUGUGAAGGAAAAAUACGUCGCCAUGAAGUUGGUCCACAGGCUGACUGAGGCUGCACGGAUCUGACGACUCUCUGUUGGCUGGAGCACGGGGAUGAAAACACGGCGGCGUACUGCGUGGUGUCAAAUGUUGGUUAGCAUGAAAUAGACAUACCGCCUGUUCACGAUUCUGCAAGUUCCUGUCAAGUAUCGAAUUCACACAAGAAUAUGAAGGUGCAACAAAGCCCUAUUCGUUG